GAGAGAGAGUAUAUGAAAGAAAUAGACAGCUAUGAAAUGACAGGCAGCACGAGCGAAUGGGUUGGGUAAGCCCUAAUGAGACAGACAGAUCAACGAGCUAGGGAGCACACUGAUCCAAGGCCUAUAAAAACACACACACUCACACUCACACAUUCACACACACAUACACACGCACACCUUUGGAUGCAUGAUGCCACAGACUGGUGGACACUUGUAGUCAUUCCAAAACGUAGCUGAUAGCUGUUCACUCACUUGAGGGUCCACUGUACUUACGUUUCGGCAGUAGAUAAAAAAGUGCAAUCCCAUGCAAAUGGACAGGACAGCGUGAAGACGUGCAAAGAUUUUCCAAGAGACCUAAUCUGGCAAUUCAGCCAUGUCUGACUCUGCACGGGAUCUGGACGAGUUGUGCUAUCUAACAGCCCAGAGUAUGACGUCGAUGGUGACCGCCGAGCAUUUUCGCGUAAUCAAGAAGCUCGGAGAGGGGUCGUACGGCAAAGUCAUGCUGGCUGUGCACAAAAAGAGAGGCACACCUAUGGCACUAAAGUUCUUCCCUCGCUCCUCCACCACUCUCCACACCUUUCUGCGUGAAUAUAACCUCUCCCUCUCCUUCUGCACUCAUCCAUCACUUACACGUGCCUUGGGAAUCUUUUUCUCCACGCCCUCCCACUAUAUCUUUGCCCAGCAGGCUGCUCUCUAUGGAGAUCUCUACGAUGUCAUUGUGUCAGAUGUGGGGGUGAGUGAGGUGCAGGCUCAGAGUGUGAUGUCCCAGCUAAGUGGUGCAGUGUCUUACUUGCACUCCCUGGGCUUUGUGCACCGCGACAUUAAACCCGAAAACGUGUUCCUGUGUGCCCCGAACUGUCGCUGGGUCAAACUGGGGGACUUCGGUCUUGUACGUCUUCAUGGCACAAAAGUGCGUGCUGUCUGGUAUGAAUCCCCUUUUUGCGUACCUGAGGUUGAACGGGUCAAGCACAUUAAGAAAGAAAGUGCAGGCAAGCAGAAGAACGAGGAGAAAGAAGAUAUCUGGAUGCCAGUGGAGCCUGGUUUGGAUACCUGGGCUCUAGGGAUUCUUACAUACUGCCUGCUGACUAGUUGUUUUCCGUGGGAGGAGAGCACGUCAGAUGACCCGGGUUACCGCCAAUUCUGCACCUGGUUUAACGAUGUUAAAGAGAAGGAGGAGAGGGGCAUCGGACAGAACAGGCCCAUGGACAGAAAGGAAAGAGGAACGGACAAUAGGGAAGGGGAGGCAGAAGUGGGAAUACCUUCUCAGUUUCAGUCUUUAAGCACCUUAGCUUUGACUUUGCUCAGAAGACUGCUGCACCCACUGCCCGAGCAGCGUGGCAUGCCUGACGAGGUCCUCUCCUACCUCGGGGGACCAUGGCUUUCGAAAACAGAGGAAGAAGAGAAAAGGAGACAACAAGAGGCACAGGAGGAAGCCAGGAAGAUACUAGGUGGGGGAAUAGAGGAAGACAAAGAGAGAGAGAGAAAAAGGGAGAGAUAGAAAAAAGGGGAUGCUUCUUUAUACUGUUUAUAUUUUGGAAUGUAUAAAGUCAUGUGUUUAUAUUAUGAUGUGACAUCAUGUGAUGAAAUCGGAAUAUAUUUUCAGAUGGUUUCUGAAAAUUCACUGUUACUAUUUACUAAUUCAGAUACUUUUACAUAUAUACACACACACACACACACACACACACACACACACACACACACACACAGACACACAGA